UACAGGUGGGGAAAAUGACCCUGGAGAAAAGUUAUGGCGGAAAAGUUGAUUUGAUAGAAUAGCGUUGAGUGUUUUUGUCUGUAAAUUAUCCAGCUGAAUGCUGUAAACUCGUGUUGUUUUCGUUUGUGUAGUGAGAGAAUAUUGCGGAGUGAUGGCGUCCACCGCGGCGGGGAAGCAGAGAAUUCCCAAAGUGGCGAAGGUGAAGAAUAAAGCCCCGGCUGAGGUGCAGAUCACAGCCGAGCAGCUGCUCCGAGAAGCCAAGGAACGAGAACUUGAGCUACUCCCCCCUCCACCCAAACAGAAGAUCACUGACGAAGAGGAGUUAAACGAUUACAAAUUACGAAAACGCAAGGGAUUUGAAGACAACAUCAGAAAGAACAGGACUGUCAUAAGCAACUGGAUCAAGUACGCACAAUGGGAGGAGAGUCUGAAGGAAAUACAGAGAGCUCGGUCGAUCUACGAGCGAGCGCUGGAUGUGGAUCACCGGAAUAUCACGCUGUGGCUGAAAUAUGCCGAGAUGGAGAUGAAGAGCCGACAGGUCAAUCACGCCCGCAACAUCUGGGACCGAGCCAUAACCAUCCUCCCCCGAGUCAACCAGUUCUGGUACAAAUACAGCUACAUGGAGGAGAUGCUGGGGAACAUCACAGGCUGCAGGCAGGUGUUCGAGCGCUGGAUGGAGUGGGAGCCCGAGGAGCAGGCCUGGCACUCUUACAUCAACUUUGAGCUGCGCUAUAAAGAGGUGGAGAAAGCCCGCUGCAUUUACGAGAGAUUUGUGAUAGUCCACCCCAUAGUGAAGAACUGGAUCAAAUACGCCCGCUUCGAAGAUAAACACGGUUACAUCGCUCAUGCAAGGAAAGUGUACGAGAGGGCUGUCGAGUUCUUCGGCGAGGAACAGAUUGAUGAAAACCUCUUUGUGGCUUUUGCUAAAUUUGAGGAGAAACAGAAAGAGUUUGAGCGUGUUCGGGUGAUCUAUAAGUACGCCCUGGACAGAAUCCCCAAACAGCAGGCCCAGGAGCUUUUCAAGAACUACACAGUGUUCGAGAAGAAGUUUGGAGACAGGAGAGGAAUUGAGGAGGUCAUCGUAAGCAAGAGGAGAUUUCAGUACGAGGAGGAGGUUAAGGUGAACCCACACAACUACGACGCCUGGUUCGAUUACCUGCGGCUGGUGGAGAGCGACGCAGACGCCGACACGGUCCGAGAAGUGUACGAACGAGCCAUCGCCAACGUUCCGCCCAUCACGGAGAAGAGACACUGGAGGCGCUAUAUUUACCUGUGGGUCCACUACGCACUCUACGAGGAGCUGGAGGUGAAGGAUCCUGACAGGACGAGACAGGUGUAUCAGGCGUGUCUGGAGCUCAUCCCUCACAAAAAGUUUACCUUUGCUAAAAUCUGGCUGCUCUACGGUCAGUUCGAAGUCCGCCAGAAGAACCUGCACAACGCCAGACGAGGCCUGGGCACAGGCAUCGGGAAAUGUCCAAAGAACAAGCUGUUUAAAGGCUACAUCGAGCUGGAGCUGCAGCUCCGAGAGUUUGACCGCUGCAGGAAGCUCUACGAGAAGUACCUGGAGUUCAGCCCGGAGAACUGCACCACCUGGAUCAAGUUUGCUGAGCUGGAGACGAUCCUGGGAGACACCGAAAGAGCGCGGGCCAUAUUCGAGCUGGCCAUCAGCCAGCCUCGCCUCGACAUGCCAGAGGUGCUUUGGAAGUCUUAUAUUGACUUUGAAAUCGAGCAGGAGGAGUACGAGAACACGCGUGGACUUUAUAAGAGGCUCCUGCAGCGCACACAGCAUGUCAAGGUGUGGAUCAGUUACGCGCAGUUCGAGAUGUCGAUUGAAGGUGCGGAGCGUCUGCAGCGGUGCAGGCAGGUCUACGAGGAAGCCAACCGGAGCCUGCGCAUGUGUGAGGAGAAGGAGGAGAGGCUCAUGCUGCUCGAGGCGUGGAAGAAUUUCGAGCAGGAGUUCGGUACCUCGGCUAAUAAGGACCGAGUGAGGAAGCUUCUGCCCGAGAAGGUGAAGAAGAGGAAGAAGCUCACGGCAGAGGACGGGUCGGACGCAGGAUGGGAAGAAUAUUACGACUACAUCUUCCCCGAGGACGCGGCUAAUCAACCCAACCUCAAACUGCUGGCCAUGGCCAAGAUGUGGAAGAAGCAGCAGGACCAGCCUCAGGAGGAACCAGAGCGAGAAAAGGACAAGAGCGCCGAACCCACACAGCAGAGAGACGAGCGGGAGGACGCUGAAGAAACCCGGGAGGCUGAAGAGAGCGACUGUGACGAUCGGGACGAUGACAGCAGCAGCAGCAGCGAGAGUGAAAGUGACAGUGAUGAGGAGAACCCUGGACACAAACCAGAGGAGGAGACGAAUCCUGCAGAGGAGGACUGAUCUGAAAUGACUUUUUUUUUCUCUUCCUCCCCACUGAUAGUUUCAGGAUAAACUGGACUGAUGGAGCCUCACACACUGAUCUCACUCUUCUUUUAUAACAAAAUAAAAAGGAAAAAUACGUGCA